CCGUUGAAAUCAAUGGGGCUCGUUUCCCCAUCAUUAUGUAGACUCGUAACCCACAAAAGAAUGUGCCUCAAUAGAAUUUCUGUUUCGUCGUUGAAGCUGCCACAAGACUAUUGGGGGGAUUUUUACCACCGUAAUUAGAAAGGCAGGCCCGUGGCCCCGUGCAGAAGGAACUUCAUCCGCUGAAGUUCACUUUCCCCACGUUUGCCUUGAAACGUUUGCCUCCACUUUUGAACUUUUGCGUCCACGUUUGCCUUGAUAAACAAAGGCUUUCGGCAAACCUAGCGGGGCGCCUGCCUCAGUAGGGGCUGCGUGAAUGAAAAGAGAAAUUAGGGUUUUUAGAAACUCAGGGCAGGUAAAGAUCGCCAGUGAAGACGUGCAGGCCGAUUCUAAACACGGAUACGCAUGCUCUGUCGCUGUGUUUGCGAGCGGGUCGAAGAGAGGGGCAGCCUUACUAAGGGCACAAUCCAGCAAAGAAAAGGAACAGAAUUAGGGUGCAGAGUGUUAACUGCACGUAGGUGGAUCCUGCUUUUUACAACACUGGCCGUUGCAGGGCUACCUCGGAAGUUAGUUUCGCGUGAGUCCAGCGGCACUUACUCCUCAGGCACUUCCCUUCUCUCCCAGGCUUCUCUGCUAUCAUGGGUAGUAAGACUUUGCCAGCCCCAGUGCCCAUUCACCCCUCCCUCCAACUCACCAACUAUUCCUUCUUGCAAGCCUUCAAUGGCCUGCCUGCAGUGCCUUCGGAGCACCUGCCCAACCUCUACGGUUUCAGUGCCCUCCACGCUGUUCAUCUUCACCAGUGGACACUGGGCUAUCCAGCCAUGCAUUUGCCCCGUUCAUCUUUCUCCAAAGUACCUGGUGUGACCAGCCUGGUGGAUGCCAGAUUUCAGUUACCCGCCUUCCCUCUCUUCCCACACGUCAUCCAUCCCAAGCAUGAAGCUACAAAUGUUCCACUCAAAGCCAAGCCCAGAUUUGAUUUUGCUAAUCUUGCUGUGGCAGCCACGCAAGAGGACCCCUCGAAACUGGGACAGAUCGACAGCCAAGGCUCCCCUCCAGGCCUGGGCUCAUUGCUUGAGGUAACCAAGCUUUCACCCGAGAAGAAACCCACCCGUGGGAGGUUACCUUCCAAAACCAAGAAGGAAUUUGUGUGCAAAUUCUGUGGCAGACACUUCACCAAGUCAUACAACCUUUUGAUUCACGAAAGAACCCAUACAGAUGAAAGGCCUUACACAUGUGACAUUUGCCACAAGGCCUUCAGAAGACAAGAUCACCUGAGGGAUCACAGAUAUAUUCACUCUAAAGAAAAGCCCUUUAAGUGCCAAGAAUGUGGAAAAGGAUUUUGCCAAUCCAGGACUCUUGCUGUUCACAAGACACUUCACACACAAGUAAAGGAACUUAAACCUUCCAAAAUGAAAUGCUAAAGCUUCUAGCCUCCAUAAACUUAAUCCCCCCCAAUUCUAAAAUUUAGACCAAAUUCUUGACAGAGACAAUGUGGAGCACUGAACACUAUUAAUUUAAUAUUUGUUUUAAAAAGAAAAAAACACAAACCCUCUCUGCACACAAAUACAGCCAGCCUUUCCAAACCCUGGGUGCUUCUGAGUUCCACAAAGGAGUGUAAAUCUUGCAUGACUUUGCUAAACUUUACGUCAAAAGGUGGUGCUCAAGUAUUGGCGAGCAAUUUUUAUUGUUAAGAGGCAAACAACACCAAAAGUAACGUCCUGAAGUUUUGCUUUUUAAGAAAAGUUAUCCUUUUUGUGUGCUUGUGUGUGACUGUUUAAAAGGCUUAUAAUUCAUAAUACUUCAGAAGACAAAAUCUAGAAGAUUUUUAGAAGAAACUGGCUUCGCAUUUUAGGGACUGCUGAGAGGAGAAGGAAGACCACUGAUAAACUCUGCUUGAAAAGAGGCAACAUUCUAAAUGACCCUCUCACGUAAUGGAUCCUGCUGUCCUCUCCAGAUUUUAACACCCAAGUUUUCAAUCAGUGGGUCUCCUUUCUGCACACUUUGGCAAGCAUCCUGGGGUUUCUGUUUGUUUGUGGUCUAGUGCCUUGGGAGUGGUUUGUAAUGUGUGGAUUUGUUGAAACAAAACAAAACAAACACCCCAAGGGGGAAGGUUAACAACAAUAAAUCAAAGUGACUGCUGUGUGCCCAGUGUGGUCUUAGUGGUACUUUCAAGUUAGCAUGUGUCCAGAUGGGGAGUGAAUGGAAUUGAGGUGGUGGGGGGGAGGGGGUGUUUGACAAAUCUCAACCUGAGAGUUUUAUCCAAAGUUGUCUUUUUUUCCUUACCAGUGUAAAAAAUAAUAAUGAGACAUUGCAAUAUGUUUUUGGUUAAAGUUAUUGCUAUUUGGCACUUUAUGCUGAUGCUUGAUAAAGAACAUUUAUCACUGGAUUUAUUUGUGUGUGGGUGGGUGGGUUUUUUUAAU